AUUACGAUGAAGCUUAUGCAUGUAAUGGAGACAAGCUUUCACAGCAUGAUGAAAAUGCAUGUGUGUCUGUAAAUGAGAAUGCACAACCAAAUCCCGAAACAAUAAGCAUGAAGUCAUUUGAUGAGGAAAAGAAAUUUUAUGUAGAAGAGGAUAGCGAAAAUGAAGAACUGAGACAGGGUCCCUUAAAAACAACGUAUGAAGACAUGAACAUAAUUGGACCUCUUGCAACACUUCUGAUGAAAGUAAGAAGAAAGAAAAGAGAAAUGCAGUCGAGAAUGUCUGUUGAUUCAGAAAGCGAUCAAGACGGACAAAAAGAAACAACUUCUGAAGGAUUUGGUUCAUCCAGCUCCCUUGAAAAGGAAUCAGGAAGACUUGGUUCCCAAACGUCAUUGUCUUCUUUACCAUUUGAAAAUCAGCCUAAUGGGAAAAAGAAACUACAACCUAUUGUUUUAGAAAAGAAAAAGAGAAAGAAGAAGGUUUCAAGUGCAAGCUCUUUAACUGAUAGCGGUAGAAUAUCAUCAGAGACUAAUGGGAGAGCAAGAAGAUUAUCUGAUGCUAGUAUUAGAAGCUUUGAUAGCCAUAGAAGCGUUGAACAGGCUUUAGAAGCAUCACAAGAAGUCGUGAAAGCUGUCUUGGAGUCGCAAAAACAAAUGGCUAUCUCAAUCCAACAAGUCACUGAGUCAUCAAAACUAGUAGUUAACUCUUCAAAAGAAGUAUUAGAAUCAAGUAAACAAGUCAAUGAAUCUUCAAAGCAAGUGAAUGAGUCUUCCAAACAAGUGAACGAAUCAUCCAAACAGGUUGUGGAAGCCUCGCAACAAGCAAUAGAUACAGCAAUGAAAGCUAUUAAUACCUUUAAGCAAACAGAGAAAGAUUUUGCCUGCAUUGUUAACGAUAACGAACCUACAGAAAAAGUUGAAGAAGCUGUAAAUGUUAAUUCAACAUCAAAUCAGAACGAUGACCCUCUAAUUGGUAAAGAAGGUGUCGUAAUUUCUGAAACAGAACAUGAGGCAAACAUGAAUACAAGUGAGGAGGAAAAAGUUGCUUUAACCUUUGAUUUAAGAAAGGAAACGGAUACAGUGGAAGAAAUCAAAUAUGACCAUAGUCAGGAACUAGAAAAGCAACCGUCGAAACGAAAUACGAAAAUUAAGCAAUUUUACCUAGAAGAUUUUGACAACCUUUCUGUAGAGGAUAAAUUCCACAGCAUAAGUGAUAAAGAUUUCGAUAUGGUUGUCAGUUUAUUAGAUAAGAUAUCUGAUCCAGACACUCCUCACAAACCAAUUAAAAGUGAUGUGUCAGAAUUGCACAAGACCAAUUUAUUUGACUUUCAGGAUGUAGAUAUCUUACCAAACAGAGACGAAAUAAAUGUUUGCGAUGAAAUACAUGAAAUAUUUGAUAUUCCUAAAAACAGCCAAGAUCAAUUAGACGGCGAAGUACAAACGUCUGUAGAAGAAAUGCAUAUACCUGUCGAGUAUCAGUACACAGAUUAUAGCACCUAUUUUGAUGAACAGGACAAAAGAAAACAGGGUCAGGAACAUGAAACAGUGAAGGAACUUUCACUCACCGAUGCUGCACAGUGUUCAAAGGAAAAUGAGAACGCAUACAAUUCAUCGUCACCAUUCAUGAGACAAAAAUCCGAGAAUGCAUAUCUAUUUCAUGAAGAAAGCAUGCUAACAAAACAAAGGCGAUCUCAAUCAAUGCCGAUUGUUGUAAAGAAAAAAGAAAUUGAAGUUGUCAAACCCAAAACCUUUGUUUAUAUAGCAAAAGAUGAAACAUUGUACACUGAGACUGUUGAUGUUAAGGUAAGGGAAAUGAUCACAGAUGAUUUUUCCUCCUCUACGAAAUGUUCAACCCCACGAAACACAUUAGUGAAAGAAAAAGGUGAAACCAUCAAAUUUAGUGAUGAUUCGGAGUCUUCGAUCCUUGUUCACAAGAGUUCUGAAGAAGACGUCCCCUUGAGUUGCGCAUCAGAUGACCAGCAACAAGAUAGAAUAUCUUUAGACACGAGUGCAGAAGCAGAUCUUAUUGUUGACGAUUUGCUGAAAACCCUUAACUCAAUAAGUGACCCCAAAAAAGAAAUGGAUUGCGAAAAUGCACAAAAAGACGAAGAAAGUUUAUUAGAUAUAAGCAUAGAAGCAGGAAUAAUUGUUGAGCAUGUAUUGCAAAAAGUUAAGUUAUCAAUGGGACAACCUUGUGUUAAGGAAAGCGAUUCAAUAGAUAAGACUUUAACAUCGAACGACAAAAAAGAAGAUACCGUGUCCAUAGAUACAACAAAGGAAGCUGAAUUAAUAGUUGAAGAUGUGUUGCAAAGAGUUAAAUCAGAAGAGAUGAAGUUAUUUGAUAAACAUACAGAUGGGAAGAUCAGGAAUCAAGAGAAGCCCAUUACACCUCGCACUGACCCCGAUGGACAAGUCACACACUGUUUAGCUGAGGAAUCUACUGUGAAAGAGCAUGUUAUAUAUACACAUGGUCCGCCAGAAACAAACGUAAAAAGUUCUCCUGAAGAAGAAAAGGUCUAUUCUGCAGAGAGCUUACCUAAACAAAAAGAAGAAUUCAGCAAACCAAGACCGUUAAAGCGCCAGGAAGCUUUGCAUAAUUUGUUUGAGGCUGUUGAUAGAGAAACGACUUUAGAAAUACAACAGAAUUCACUAACUGAGCAAAAUGAGGACGAUUUCUCUUUGUGUACGAGUGAGGAAGCAUCAUUAAUUGUUAAGAGAGUGAUCGAAGGCAUGUCAAAUGAGGAAAGUAGGAAAAACGAUGAACAGAUCAAUGAUAGAUCAAAUGCUGUGACCGACAGUGCCAAUUUUGAUAGCGAAAAUACAGCGAGUUUACACACAGACCAUUUAGUAUUAAGAGAAACAAAAAUUGAAGAAAUCUCGACGUCGUUUACUCGUGGAAUAAAUGAGGAAAAGUCACUGCAUUUAACAGCAGAUGAAAAUAAUUUCAUUCCUCAAGUUGAAUUGCAAGACAUCCAUGAUGAUUCGGAAAUAUCAAAUUUAGAACCUAUCCCAAUUGAGAAAGAAGAGGUAAGAUCCAUUGCUUGUCCCGUGGUUGAUGUGGUAGAUGUUAGUGAAUCUUUGAACAAAUCACAGGAAUUGCCACGCCUCGUGAAAGCAAAAUCGGGAGCAUUGAUUGUCCAGUAUGCAGAGACAGAUCAGAUGGCAAUAAAAAAAACCAUAUUCAAGACAAACGAAGGGAAAGAAAAAGUGCCUGAUAGAAGUAAAGAGAACACAGGACAUAAUUCACCACGCAUUGCCGUAAAAGAAGCGAGUGUCAUUUCCAGCGGAAUUGACAAAUCAAAUUCAACUUCUAAAAAUAAGGUCGAUGAAAUCGAGAUAAAGGAUACCGAUCAAGGACACAAAGAGGUUACUGCUCUUAACACACUAAAUGAACAAGACAAAAUGAACGGAAACAAGGAGGAGCAUGUGAAGAAAGCUCAAACUGAUACUGAUAAAAUUCAAACUGAUCAAGAAGCGAAAAACCAAAAACUUUGUGAGAGGAAAGAUUCUAAUGCUUCUCUGAAUUAAAAGAAAGAGAAGAAUGUUUGUCAGUUAUAUCAGAAGAAAAAACAAUCGUUUAAAUACACAAGGCAAGAAAGAAAGAAAUGCCUGCCAAUACCAAAGGGAAUAACGGUCGUCUAAAAACAAGAGGCGGUGAAAGGACACAUAGAAAUAUCACUUUCUUGAGCGGGAUUUCGAAGUGGUUUAUCAACACAUUAUUACUAUUACUUUGUGUCUGUAUUGUUAAUCAAAAUCCUUUUUUUUUGUCCAGUGUUUUUGUGAUUUUUAUCAUUUUGUUUUAAAUAUAUAAUAUCAUAUAUUUACUUAAAGCUUAAUUUAUUUUUUAAAUCUUACAAUUGUAUUUCACGAGGUGAAAAGAAAAAAUAUACCAUUGUUCAUUUAUGUUUAAUAAAUAGAGAUGCGAUCAUAUUUGUUCCUUUUUUUGCAUUAAACAUUUUGAAUUUUAAUGGAUUUAAAAUGUAUAUAGAGUACACACAAUACUACUCCUACAUACAUAAAUUAUAAUUACAAUUGCUUUGAAAUGGGAGUUCUGUGCAGAGCAGAAAUUUUCUGGCAAAGAAAUAAAGGUAAGAUUUCUAUUCACUUUUGAAGAUGAUAACAAUACCCUUUUUAUAAUUUGAUGAAAAGAGUUCAUUGA